AUGGACCAAGCUGUGGAAUACGAGAAGAGGCAUGUGCACGAAGUGUACCAGGACAUCGCGAGUCACUUCUCUUCUACCCGAUACAAGCCUUGGCCCGUGGUCGACAAGUUCCUACGCAGUCUGCCCGCUGGGUCCGUUGGUCUGGACGUGGGUUGUGGAAACGGGAAGUACUUGACAGUGAACAAUGAUGUCUUCAUUAUUGCUUCAGACAGGUCCAACGCCCUUGUUGAGAUCGCCCGCCAACACCAACCGCAUAGCACCAUUGUCGCCGACAUACUUAGCCUCCCUCAUCCCCACGAUAUGUUCGAUUUUGCCCUCUCCAUUGCGGUCAUACACCACUUGUCCUCAGGCGCGCGAAGAGUCCAGGCUAUCAGAGAGAUCUUGCAGACCUUGAAACCGCCUUCAAAGUCAACCGGCCCGAGCGGAGAAAAGAAAGGAGGCCGAGCAUUGAUAUUCACCUGGGCACUGGAACAGAAAGAUAGCCGACGGGGCUGGGAUCGAGGCCAUGAGCAGGAUGUGCUUGUGCCGUGGGUUCUCAAGCCGGAUGCCGCCUCCAAAUCCAAGUCAGAGCCGCCAAGCUCCAAUGCACCGAUCUCGACAACAUACCAUCGAUAUUACCAUCUGUAUCGAGAAGGCGAACUGCAAGAAGAUGCUAUUAGUGCUGGUGCAAGGAUAGUCGAUUCCGGCUAUGAUCGAGAUAAUUGGUGGGUCGUCCUCACCCGAAAAGACUGA